CGUCACCCGUGUACAGAAGAAGACAAGUGUGAGAUAAUGCUAAAAGCUUCGGGAUACACCUCACUGCUUGUUUCAUAGAACCAAAAGCGCUUAACGCAACCACAAAACCCGAACUAACCAAAAACCAAUUCUAUACCAAUUCAAUUCAUGCACAUUUUCCGCUCUGUAUUCUCCCCGUCUUUUAACCCAACCCCACGUUCCAAUUCUCUCUUUCUCUCUCAACAAUGGCAGAAAACACUCAAACUGGGAGCAAUGAAGUCAACCCAAAACAACCCAUAAACAUUUUCUCACUAUUUUCCCAAUUCCUGCUUCAAAUUCCAUUUUUCAAGCCAAAGCCAAACACAGAAUCCGCUUCUGUUGCUCAAGUUGAACCGAGGCAAGGAAGGGCUAUUGUUGAUGGUGGAGAGAAUGGAGGAGAGAGUUCGAAGCCUGACAUGGUGAGGUUCCCCAAGGCUCAGCUGGCGGUUCCUCCUCCCGUGGCUGUGGAAAAUCAAGAGACUGGAAAGACUUCGAAUCCAGUCAUUAUCUGGCAGGUUUAUGCACUCGGAGGUUUUCUUGUUUUGAAAUGGGUUUUGGCAAGGUGGAAGGAAAGGAAGGACCAGAAGGAUGAUUCUUCUGAUGAGGAUCAACAACCAGCUGAAUAGGUAACUUGGUUUGACCUGUAAUAUACAACAUCGGAAUAUUGUAGACAAAAUCCUCUCUUAAUUUUUUGUGGUGGUUUGCUUUUUUUUUUCUUCUUUUCAUCACCUACAUGUCACCUUUGGUUACAAAAAAAUUGUUUGGUGUAUGUUUUUCAGCAACAUGGGUCCUUUCCUUGUAGACUUGAGUUUCAACUACAGCUUUAUAUAGGGUUUUUACCAUAUAAAAUGUGCUCAAUAUCGGUGAGCAGAAACACAUUAUGGUU